CGGGACAAGAUGGCGGCGCGGGUGCUGGUUCAGUACGUGGUGCUGAGGGGGGACCUUCGGCGGGAGCCCCUCUCAUGGCCCUUGGGCGCCUUGGUGGCGCAGGCCUGCCACGCGGCCCUGGCCGUGGUGCACGCACACUACGAGCACCCGGACACGGCGGCCUACCUGGCCCAGGGCGGCAGCAUGAGGACCGUCGUGCUCGAGGCCCCAGAUGAUUGUGCCUUGACUGCAUUAGCAGAGGCACUGCAGCAAAACAACAUCGAUCACAAAGUGUGGAUUGAACAGCCAGAGAACAUUGCCACUUGCAUUGCCCUUCGCCCAUACCCUAAGGAGCACGUACACCAGUACCUGAAGAAAUUCAAACUGCUGAAAUGAUCUUAUAUAUUUCUGGCCCUAUUCAGGACUGGCCAAAAAUAUCCAGUUCUCAGGUAGGCACUUGUGGCCAAGAGUUUGUGGACAAUUUUCAGUACCAUGGUGAAGUGCAAUAACUGAAUCAAGAACCAUCUUUUCAUUGCAUGUUGCUGGUAAUUGUGCAGUUUCAACUGAUGUGUGUCUCUGCAGAUGAUUAAAGAAGGGUUUAUUCAGAGCUGGGGUUCUUUUAUUUUAGCACAAAACACCCCUCUUAUUUUAAGAAGAAACUCUUGACGCACACCUUGAUCAAUUUAAAGAUGAAUAAACCACUCUCAGAGGCAGGCUUCUGGGUGACAUUGAUCUGUGCCUGCUAAAAUCUCCUUGGGGGUUUGAAAUCUGACAGCAAUAUUCAUGUUAGAAAGGGAAAAAAUAUAGGGCGGUGGGGGAAAAUCUGUGCCCUCACAGGUGGUGUUGCUGGCAGCAUAGCCAGGGGUCUGGGCUUGUAGGAAUUCCAACAUCUGAAGCAGUGGAGGAGUUUACAUGCCAACAUCUGGAGGGUCAACUCACAUCAUCAUCCCUGAUCUGCAGCCAUGCUGACUGGGGCAGAGGAAAGUUGGAGUCCUACCACAGUUGGAAGGCCACAUGCUCCCCACUCUGUUUUAUGCUCUGUUGCCUAGGAAUGCCUUUUCCUAUACAGUGGAACCUCGGUUUACGACUACCUCUGUUUAUGAACAUCUCCGUUUACAAACGCUGCGGACCCAGAAGUGUUUACAUCCGGGUUCCACGGCGUCGGAUGCGCAGACGGAUCUGCGCAGCGCGAGCGUGCGCAGAAGCGCUCUAUCGGCACUUCGCGCACGCGCAGAAGCGUGCCUUCGGUGAGAGAAUGCUUUGGCGAGCGAACGCCUCCGCGGAACGGAUUGCGUUCGCAAACCGAGGUACCACUGUAUUAGCAUUGUCGCCAAGAUUGUGCACAUGUGGGAGGGGACUGCCAAGUAGAUUGGUGCAAGGCAAAACUUGAGGUUGUACUUGUCUCUUGGACUGACGCUAUACAUUUAUGAAAACAAAGCUUGCUUAUUGACACUGAUUGUUGGGCUAGGUUCAGAAGUGAGCUGUCAAACAAUUGAGAAGGCCUUUUUUUUUGCAAAGGCUUGGA